CGGCGACAGUGCUGUGCGAGUGUUGCGGCCGGAUGAACGUGCAGGCGCUGUAGCGGUUGUGUGUGCAUACUGCGCGCGGCACGGUCGGUGUGACUAUCGAGUUGAGUACGUCUGGACGGGUCGACGAGCACAGUCGGUCGGAUGUCCUCGCACGACUAAAGAAAAUUUUAUUAUUAUAAUCGCGCGUGUGUGUAUAUAUAUAUAUAUAUAAUUAUAUUAUAUAUAAUAUAUAUUGUUGUAUCGAUAACCUCGACGACGGCGAAGUCGGUGGUUUUCUGCAUGUGCGCGACGUCGGGUUCUACAGCCGGUCGUCGACGUGGAAAAGCGUACGGAAGACGACCACCGGGUGACUGCGGGUACGCACGUAAAGACCAGGAACUGCACCGAUAACUCCGAUAACUGUGGUACGUACAGCAGAAGUCCUUGAAAUAUUGGCGUGUGGACAGUGAAAAAGCAGCUGCAGUAGCAGUGCGGCAAGUUGUGGAGGAGGCUUGGUGGUACAGGUGCAGGUGCAGGUGCAAGUGGCGUUAGUAGUAAAAACGUCGCAGUCGCAGUAGACUUCGUCGUCGCGGAGGAGCGGCUCGCGUCCGCGUGACAAGAGACGUCCCCGGAGAGGGUUGUUGUUGCACGCGGAUGGGCUGCGAUCUGGGUAAACUGGCCAGCUCGGCCACGUCCGGCGAUGACCGCGGCGGCAAGCAUAAGGAUGUGCUGGAGGAACCGCCGAGCCCGGGCCCCCCGGACCCCAGGCUCCCGCUGACGGCCAAGCAGAAAUACAGCAUGAUCGCAUCGUGGAAGGGCAUAUCCAGGGCAAUGGAACCCACCGGGGUGUACAUGUUCAUCAAGCUUUUCGAAGAACACCAAGAACUUCUCCAACUUUUCACCAAAUUUGGCGAACUAAAAACCAGGGACGCACAGGCCAACAGUAUGGAGCUAGCCGAACACGCUAACAAAGUGAUGACCACACUAGACGAAGGAAUUAAAGAACUGGAUGACCUUGACAACUUCUUCCAGUACCUAACCCAAGUGGGCGCUACACACAAGACUAUACCAGGCUUCAACCCAGACUAUUUUUGGAAAAUUGAAGUGCCAUUUUUGGAAGCAGUAAAAACUACAUUAGGCGAUCGGUUCACAGAAAACAUCGAAACAAUAUAUAAAAUCACCAUUAAACUCAUCAUAGAGACAUUAGUCAAAGGAUAUACGGAAGCCGCUGGGCCAUGAAAAAAUAACCACACAGGAGCUUAAUGAAAUUGUAAAUUUCAUAUCAUUACAAAUGUUCAAGUGACCGAACAUAAUAAUAUUAUAUUCCACUGUCAAACAAUAUGUUUUAAUAUGUCAUUUGGAAAUUAAAUUAAAAAAAAAAUAUAUGGUAAGCUCAAAUUUAAUUAACUGAGCGCAAUUUGUAUUAAUGUCAUAAUGUCAAUUUGAUUAUCAACGUGUACCUAUACAUAUAACGAAAUCAUAUUUAUAUAAUUAUAAACAUAUAAAUAAAAAUGUGUAA